GUGAUUGCAAAACAUGUCCGCAUAUAAAUUUAUCUGAGAUGGACGAUCGAUGUCAUCGGGCCGUUCCUUCUCUUCUUCCGAUCUCGUCUUGCUCUGCUCGCGCACUCUCCUUUGUUUGGUUCCCCUCCCCGUCCGAAACCUGAAUCUCCCUCUUCCUGCUUCGCUGCCCCCAUUGUAUCGAUCGAUCGAUCGCAGGAAGAAGGCUGGGCAGGAUGGCGGCGGCGGGCGCUAUAUCCGGCACCGGAAGCGGCAUCAUCGGCCUUCUCCGCCUCCGGCGCCCGGCCGCGAGGAACCCAGCCAUCGCCGCCGGUUCCUUGGCCGACGGAGGGAACCCCAUCUGGGGCCGCCAGCUCUCGCUCAUCCACCUCGACCGCUCCUUUCCGCCAUCGAGGAUCGCCACCGCCGCUGCUGUAUCCAAGAAGGGUGGGCUCCUCCGCCCCGUGGCCGCCGCCGCGUCCUCCUCGCCUGCCGAAGGGAGCGAUCACGUCGGGUGAGGGAAGCGGAAGUGGGUUUCGCUGCGAAGUACCCCGCUCUCGUCACCGGCUUCUUCUUCUUCAUGUGGUAUUUCUUGAACGUGAUAUUUAACAUCAUCAACAAGACGAUCUAUAAUUAUUUUCCCUACCCUUACUUUGUGUCGGUGAUACACCUCUCCGUGGGCGUGGUGUAUUGUUUGGUGAGCUGGGCCGUCGGUCUUCCCAAGCGCGCCCCCAUCGACUCGGAUCUGUUGAAGCUGCUCAUCCCUGUUGCAGUCGGCCAUGCUAUCGGUCAUGUCACUAGCAAUGUGUCAUUUGCUGCUGUUGCAGUUUCAUUCACUCACACAAUCAAGGCACUGGAACCCUUCUUCAAUGCAGCAGCUUCUCAAUUCAUCUUAGGACAACCGAUACCAUUGACGCUCUGGUUAUCUCUAGCUCCAGUUGUUAUUGGUGUCUCAAUGGCAUCCCUCACGGAACUAUCAUUCAAUUGGACUGGCUUCAUUAGUGCCAUGAUCUCAAACAUCUCCUUCACAUACAGGAGCAUCUAUUCCAAGAAAGCCAUGACCGACAUGGACAGCACAAAUGUGUAUGCAUACAUAUCAAUCAUUGCUCUAUUUGUUUGUAUUCCUCCUGCAAUUCUUCUUGAGGGUCCUCAACUAAUGCAACAUGGCUUCAAGGAUGCAAUUGCAAAAGUAGGCACGACAAAGUUCCUCUCUGAUCUUUUCUGGGUGGGGAUGUUUUAUCACCUCUAUAAUCAGUUAGCAGCCAACACCUUGGAACGAGUUGCUCCUCUCACACAUGCAGUUGGGAAUGUUCUGAAACGUGUGUUUGUGAUUGGCUUUUCAAUUAUAAUAUUCGGCAAUAAGAUUUCAACACAAACGGGUAUCGGAACUUGCAUAGCAAUUGGAGGAGUUGCCCUUUACUCAUACAUCAAGGCAAAGAUGGAAGAGGAGAAAAGACAAUUGAAAGCUGCAUGAGCAGUGGGAAGCCGUAGCCAUGGAGGAUUGCAUGGCGUUCAAGGUUUGGCAUGUACGUGCCAGCGACAGGGGAAAAGAAAGUGAUGUGAGGCAGGCAGCCAUUUAAAGCCCCCUUAUUACAUCUCAUUUCUUUUUCUCGUUGUUGUGUUAUUUGUUUUCCAAAGGGAAACUCUUUCCAUUGCUAAUUUGCAAGACACAAAAUAAUUUAUUGUUUAGAAGCUUCAAAGAGAGCACUGGAGUGCUCGUGUCUGUAGAAUAAAGCUGCUGGUCUCAAACCUGUGGAAAUAUGAAACCAACUUUUCUUCAA